CGUCGCAGCAACACGUCCGCCGCAGCGCAGCCGAAAACCGAGAGAAUCAUGAGGCGAAUGGUCAUCAGCUACGAGCAGGCGCCGCUCUACCACUACGCACAGCAGCCGCCGCCGCCCCCGCCGCCCCCGGCAGCCUACCUCCAGCCGUGGCAGCCGCAGCCGCCUCCGCCGCAGACGCACUCACAAUCAGCACGCAGCGUCGACGACAGUGAUGGCGAUGACCUCUUUUCCGAGAACGACUCCAAGGAACAGUGUGUGUCACCGACCGAGGGCAGCAGCGGCUCCAGCUCGUGCGAGACGAUGACCAGGAAGCGGCGCCGCGGCGUCAUUGAGAAGCGGCGCCGCGACCGCAUCAACAACUGUUUGUCCGAGUUGAGGCGCCUCGUCCCCUCUGCGUUCGAGAAACAGGGCUCCGCCAAGCUCGAAAAGGCCGAAAUCCUUCAACUCACCGUCGAACACCUUAAAAAUAAAGGUGGCAGUGGAAAUGUAGGCAGUGGCGUGGAGGAACGCGUCGCCAUGGACUACGUGGGUCUCGGUUUCCGCGAGUGCGCGGCCGAGGUGGCCCGCUACCUGGUGAGCGUCGAGGGCAUGCCCUUGGAGGACCCGAUGCGGAUGCGACUCAUCUCGCACCUGCACAGCUUCGCCAAGAACCGCGAGAUGCAAGUGAAGCAGGCAGCGACCGCGUGGCCCGGCGCCCCCUCCGCCUUCGCGCCCCCGGAGCCCCUGUACGCGCCGCCGGCGGGGCCGCCGCCCGAGUACUUCUACCAGCCGCCUCCGACCGGCCCCCAGCCGCUCCCGGUCGGCUCCACCGCCCCCGGAGGACCGUACCACCACGCCCACAGCAGCCAGGGUCCUCCGCCGCCCUCGGCCAAACCCUACCGGCCCUGGGGCGCGGAACUCGGUGCUUACUAGACUUUACGGAAUCAUUUUUAGAUUUUUUAAAUUAAUGAAAGGCACGUACGGAUUUGUUUAAGACAAAAAUUGAGAGUAUCGUAACAACUGUAGAUUAUAAUGAUAAGGAUUUGAUUUUUUUAAUAACUCCUUUGCGCAAAAGUCAGACGAUAGACAAAUUGAUUUAUUUAAAAAUUCCGCUAAGAAAAAAUCACCUGUUUUUUAUACACGCUAUUUUCCUUAUCAUAAAUCUACAGCUAGUUGUUACCACAGUAUAUUCAGGGAGGGGUUUUUCGAUUAUGAAAAAAAAUCAGGAUAAAUCCGGAGUUUGAUUUCCUGUCUUGAAUGAAACCACAACAUUUAAAAAGAAUUAGUUUGCCGUGCCUCACUAUUUAAUUGACGAGCCAGGUUAAUAAAAGUUGCCUUUAUUGAGUGCUUUUGAUCACAAAGUGCCUCAACCUGUACAAAAAUACCGCCAAAACCGUUUCAAUUUCAACCAACAGAGCCAGUCAAAUUGAAAAAUGACGUUUUUGGCAUGCACAAAACCUUUUGUUCAGUACUUUAUAAAAUUGCUUUGACGGGCGUUCCUUGUGUUUCUAGUCAUGUUCUUUUUUGAGAAUGCGCGUUCAUAGUCUGAUAAUAUGCUUAUUGCGUUCUCGACAAAAAGUAACACGAAAAUAUUGUGCGUGAUUUAAGCACGUAAGUGAUUUUAUUGAUCGAUUGUGCGUGUAUCGCAUCUGCACUUUCAAAUUUGUAAAUAACAAUUUAUGGUUAAAAAUAUUUUUAUAACAAUGUAUUAAUUGGUAUAAGUCUGUUCCU